GAGAGGAGGCAGGGCCGGUAGGGGCUGUUAGGGGCUGGGCUGAUGACAGCAGCAUCCUCCGCCGCUCGGUGGCUUCACACCUGACCGAUGAUGAUGGAGCUCUCCGCGCCGCCGCCGGCUCUCCCUCCCGCCGCCACCAUUUCGCACGUCCAGCGCCCGACACAUGCUCCUCACACGCCGCGGUCGUCGUGAUGCUCCAUCUCGCACCGGAGCGGGUUUUCGUUCUCAGCGCCUGAAGCCGAGCGGCCGGAUCGAGGUGCUCUUUGUUUUUCCUGGAGAAGGAGAGGAAGGAGGAGAGGAGGGAGCAGGAGCGGGCUGACGCUGCGUCGCUGCUGGCGAACACUAGACAUGGGUGGUAUCGAACCAAGGCUGCAAACCCCGGGUGGCUCAUGGACCACAUUUUGGUUUUCCUCCUGAUACAACAUCUGGUUUGAUGCGUCUACAAGUCGCUUCAGUGCGCAGGUUUCAUUCAAACAAACAAAUGGUCCGAUCAAUAGCCACUGGACUGAGACUGAAGUAGGGAGGAUAAACAAAAACACACAACACACUUGAUACACACUCACACACACACACAGACACACACACACCAUGGCGCUGGAGAGCUCUGUCUUCACCUCCCGCCCAGAAUCCCUCUCGCUCCCAGUGGAGGAGAAGGGGGAAGGGGAAGAGGUGGAGGUGGCCACCGAGGCCACCGCCUCCACGGAGGACUUCAACCUGUCGGAGGAGCUGGGCCACGUGGUCACCACCGAGACGCCGCUGUACCCUCCGGUCCUGGCCAGGGUCCACAGGUCGUUCCAGAACAAGCUGGCCGAGCGGGAGGCCACAGCCAACGAGCCCAGGAAGAAGACGCAGGGGGCGGAGAAGGAGAGGGGACGAUUCGGGUGGGGUCGGACUCGGCGUAAGAGGCAACGCUACGUGGAGAAAAACGGGCGAUGCAACGUGCAGCACGGGAACAUGCGGGAGACUUACCGCUACCUGACGGACAUCUUCACCACGCUGGUGGACCUGAACUGGCGCUGCUCGCUCUUCGUCUUCGUCAUGGCCUAUGCCGUCACAUGGCUCUUCUUCGGGGCCAUCUGGUACCUCAUCGCCUACUGCAGGGGCGAUCUGGACCAUCUGGAGGACGAGAGUUGGACGCCGUGCGUCAACAAUGUCAACGGCUUCAUCUCGGCCUUCCUCUUCUCCAUCGAGACAGAGACCACCAUUGGCUAUGGCCACCGGGUCAUCACUGACCAGUGUCCGGUGGGAACCAUGCUGCUGCUGCUGCAAGCCAUACUGGGAUCAAUGGUCAAUGCCUUCAUGGUGGGCUGCAUGUUCGUGAAGAUCUCGCAGCCCAACAAACGAGCCGAGACGCUGGUGUUCUCCAAGCACGCCGUCAUCUCUCUGAGGGACGACAAGCUCUGUCUGAUGUUCCGAGUCGGGGACCUGCGCAGCUCCCACAUCGUCGGAGCCAACAUGAGGGCCAAGCUCAUCAAGUCCAAACAGACGCAGGAAGGUGAGUUCAUCCCUCUGGACCAGACGGACAUCAGCGUGGGCUUCGAGACGGGCGACGACCGCCUCUUCCUCGUCUCGCCGCUGGUCAUCUCCCACGAGAUCGACACACAUUCGCCUUUCUGGGACAUGUCCCAGUCCCAGCUGGAGAAGGAGGACUUUGAGAUUGUGGUCAUCCUGGAGGGGAUGGUGGAGGCCACUGGGAUGACGUGCCAGGCGAGGAGCUCCUAUCUGGCGGAGGAGGUGCAGUGGGGUCACAGGUUCAGCCCCAUGAUGUCUCUGGCAGAGGGAUUCUUUGAUGUCGACUACGGAGCGUUUCAUCACACGUUUGAGGUGAACACGCCCUCCUGCUCAGCGCAAGAGAUCUCAUUGGCCACGGCCCGACUCGACGCCCAUCUGUACUGGUCCAUCUCCAGCAGGCUGGAUGAGGAGCCCACGCUGACCAACGAGGCGGCCAAGCAGCCGGACAGCGGCUCGGCCAGCAGCAAAGGAGGCGAGCCCACCUUCAUUAUCGGGGAGAUGACGGACAUUCAGGAGCAAUCAGGACUGGGCGAGCUGAACGGCAGCGUCGCCACUGACCAAUCGGAAUCAGAGGCCUAGAGCAGAGAAUGUUUUCAUAGACCUUCAGUAUAUCGCCACCACAGUUAGUGUUCGCAGGUCUUUUAUUUCAAGGCAAAAUGAGGAGUUUAGACUCAGUUCUGCACUAUACGCCAUAUCUUACGUUACCACGUAUGAUUUUAUUUCUCGGUACUUUUGUCUCUUAUUUCUAUGUUGAUCUUGGUUACAAGUGUAUUGUACGUGUGCUCUUUUCAAUUUGUUGUGUUAGAUAAAAUCACCCUUGCCUAUAUAAUACAUUUAAAUGACAAUACUAUGCUUCAGGUGGGGUCAACAGUAGUAAAUCCAGAAGACCGUAAUAUUUUAAACAGAUAGAGAUCAGACCAAAAAGACAAAGUGGUUCAUAGCCGCAGAAUUAAAUAAUAGGAUUGUUUAAAUAUAAUCAUAUUUAAAGUAGGAACAGUGCAAAGACAAAUUAUUUUCACCUAAGCACAAAUACCACGUGAUAGUAUUGAGAUAUAAAGUGGUAUUGUAGAGACCUCAGCUUUGUUUAGAUGCAACGGUUGUUCAUAGUUUGAUUCCAUAGAUUGUUUAUAAAGAUGGACGAUGGGUCACAGAAAUUAAGCCGCUGCCAUUGUGCACUUUUGACGUCAUUUGUCGUCCCAUCCAUACACAAGCUUGACAGGUUGUGAGUCAAAGCCUAAAUUCAAAGCCUAAACAGAAGCCAUCUUUGAGGAAAAUGUAUUUUACUUUUUAGUUUGGUCCAUGUCCCAUCCACUAACAUGGGGGAGGCUGGGUCUUUGACCUAUACUGCAGCCAGCCACCAGAGGGCGAUCAAGAUGAAUCGGCUUGACUUCUGCUGAGCUGUCAUGUUGUCCAUGUUUAUAUACAGUGUAUGAUUUAUUCUACAUUAAUCCGGUGUUAAGGGGGGGGGGGG